AUGUCUGAAGGUCCCCCAGGAACCUCGCAUGCACUUGUUCGCCCCGCAGCUCGCGAUGACAUCCCAGCUCUCGUCAUUCUUGCGCGACGAGCAUUCAUCAACGACCCGUUCACCAACUACUGCGGUGACCUGAAAGAGGCUCUUUCAAACGAUGUCAGCACCCCCAGGCGACAGCACCUCGAGAUCUUCUACCGCAUGUUGUUCGGCGCUAUCAUUCACUCGGGAGGGCGAGUCAUGGUAGUCGCGGUCCCCAUCCCUCCGAAGAGCGAUGACGGUCAAAGUACGGGCGCGGAGCGCAAGCGGAACCGGCGACGAGACAAGAUCACAGCAGUCGCCGCUUGGUUGCCGCCCCACGUUCGAAUCGGCCUCGACCACCCUUGGGCGCUCUUGCGGUCGGGGCUCGUGGGCGCAGUACGGAGAUGGGGCCUGAAGGGAGCUCAUCGCGCAGGGAUCGAGUAUGGGAGCAAGGUCGAGAAGGCGUUCGAGGAGAUUUACAAGGCGCGCGGCGUAAAGGAGACGGAGCGCGACGCGUGGUAUCUCCAGUUGGCAGCGACGGAGCCCGAUGAGCAGGGAAAAGGCUAUCUCUCACUUCUCGUCCGUGAAGCAUUCGCGCACACGCCAAGCGCGACGUUUGUGCUUGAGGCAACGACGGAGAAAUCGCGCGAUCACUAUGAUCACUUUGGAUUCCAGCUCGAGCGCCCGAUCGUUUUCGGGAAGGGCCAAUUCGACAGCAGUGGGUACAGAGCAAAGGGUGAGAGCGCACAAGGGUUUCAAAUCUAUGCGAUGGUGAAGUGGACAGGAUCCUAG